UGAACGCCGAACACCGAGCAGGCAGCUCUGAGUGUUUGUCCUGCAGCGGAACUGUGUGGUCACUGAUAAAUAAUUAGCAGAUUAACUUCCGUAUAUCUUCGAGCCCGAGCUGCUGCUUCCGUGUCGCGCAGGCUAGAGUUUCCCUUCCUCAGGCUGGACGCUCAAUCGCUUCAGGCUAGAAACUGCGGUAAGAAUGCGUGCGAUCCCCGAGGAGUUAACGACGCUCAUUUCAGAUCUCGAAAACUACCUCAUUGAUGGGUUGAAGGCAGAAAAUCUAAGCAAGAAGGCGAAAGAGAAGAGGGAAGCCUUCAUCAAGAGGAUAAAGGAGGUCAAGCAAGGUUUUCCACAAGAGUUUAAGGACAAAGUAGGUGGAAAUGACUCUGAUGACGAGGAGGAAGUUGACAGCAACAACGACGGGGGGUCGCUGCAGUCAGAGCGCACGGACAAGGAUGAUGAUGGUUUCGAAGGUUCCCAGCAGUCCCCACCUGUGGCGGCCCAGGACCUGCCAUCUGUCUUUAAAGCAGGAUAUCUUGAGAAGCGCAGAAAGGAUCACAGCUUUUUUGGUACUGAGUGGCAGAAGAGAUGGUGUGCUCUGAGCCAUCACACCUUCUACUAUUACGGCAGUGAGAAAGACAAGCAGCAGAAGGGUGAGUUCAGUAUUGAUGGGUACGGUGUCAAAAUGAACAACACCUUGCGCAAGGACUCGAAGAAAGACUGCUGCUUUGAAAUUUUGGCCCCAGACAAGCGCGUCUAUCAGUUUUGUGCGUCAUCACCGAAGGAGGCGGAAGAGUGGGUGAAACAGAUAGACUUUGUUUUGAAAGACAUGUCGGGCAUCAUCCCAGAAGACGACGAGGAACAGGAAAUGUACGAUGACGUAGGGACUAUAACUCAGCCAAUCGAUGAAGACAUCUACGAAGAGCUUCCAGAAGAAGAAGUUCCGGCUGUAGCAAAGCCUCGUCCUCCAAAAAUUGAGCCGGCAAGCAAACCUGUUCCUCCUCCUGCUGCAGUUGAUAAGAGCACAGACUAUCAGAACUACUACCAAGGCUUGUGGGACUGUUCAGGGGACCACCCAGACGAGCUGUCCUUCAAACGUGGAGAUGCCAUCUACAUCCUGAGUAAGGAGUAUCAGAACUUUGGCUGGUGGGUUGGAGAGAAGAAUGGAGUUAUAGGUAUUGUUCCCAAAGACUAUCUGCUGGAGCUGUAUGCUAUUUAAAUGCACCCGGUGUAAACUGCUAACAUCUUGUGGCUUUCCAAUUGCUCGUUCCAAAUGCUCAAAAGUUAUAACUGAAAAACUAGUAAUUAUAAAUAUGGUAAAAUAUUGUGGGGUUUUUUUGUAUUGAAUUUUUUUUGAAGAACAUUCCCUGUGAUACACAUUGUAAGAGACUGAUAUAAGGAUUUAACUUUUUUAAUUUGACUGAUACAUGUAGGGUUUUCUGCACUUUGCACUGCUUUCUUUGUUAUUUAUUUUGUAUUGGGGUUUUUUAAAAACAGUGUGAUCUCACUUGCUGCUUUUGGCAAAUUUUGAAUUUUGCAACUGGCGAAAUAAAUAAAAAUGUAAACACAUGA